CUCUCGCUGUUGUGGACAAAAAAUUCUUCCAUGUUGGUGUGGUUGUCCGGAAUAUUUUAGGGGCUGUUCAUUUUUUAACUUUUAUGUCGAUAAUAUUGUGUUUAAGAAUUUCAAGAAUUCACACGCAAUGAAAGACAUGUCCAUAUUAUUUUGAUAGUGUGCCAUCAGUGCACAUUGUAUUCAGUCUUCAAUAAAGUUAGUGUCAAAGAUAUUAGAGUACUUGUGCAUAGAUCGAAAUCCUACAAUAAAAUGGCCAAAAACAGAAAGAAAAAUAAGGUUAAGGUUCAACAACAGCCUGCAACAAAACCUGAUCUCUCAUCAGAAAUAGAGAAAAUGAUCAAUAGUAGUGUAGCUGCAAUAAGUGCUAAGACAGUUCCACCUGUGUUGAUGAAAGUUUGUCGCCUUUGCGGCGGCAAGGAAGGACCUUUUCUAAAUAUUUUCGAUCAGGACCAGAUGACUGCAAUCAAAAUUGAUCAAUUGAUGCCAUUCAGGAUUGAUGAAAAUGAUACGCUGCCACACAAAAUAUGCUUUCGGUGUUCUGCAAAACUUGAAGAGCUCCAUGAAUUUGUUAACAAAUGCAUUAAAACGCAAGAAAAUCUUCACAACACAAUGGGUAAGAAACCACCAGUUAUAGCUAAAGUGAAUACACGACAAAUGUGGGAAGAAAAGUUGAACAAGUCCAAUAUGACCAAUGACGAUAUAUGUAAUGCACUUAUAAUGAAAGCUAUGGAAGGCAUCAAAGAUAUUAAAGAUAUACCUCGCAGCCCAACACCAGAGGAAAUUGAACCUGUAGUUACUCCCAAGAAAGAAACAAAAGUGAACAAGCCAGGGCCUCUGUCCAAGAAAGAAAUAAAGAGAAUUGAAGAGGACAAUAAUGUCCAAAUUAAAGAUAUAAAGCUGACAUUAGAUAAAUGUGAUGAUAUGGCAAGAAGGACAACAAGGAAAGUGGUUGAAGAGCCCCAAGAAAGUCAACCUGAUAAGAAAAUAAGACCAAGUAGGCAAGCAACCAAACUAGUUGUUAAAGACUCUAGUAGCAGUGAUGAAGAAAUAAUAGUACAAGAAGAUCAUAAAGAUAAUAAAAAAAUAACAAAUCUUAGUUUUGACUAUGAUGAAGGGCCUUUUGAUAGUAAAAAAAAUAAAGUUGAAGAAACAGUACAGAAAGUUGAGACAGAAUCUACCCCAAAACCGUUUAACAUUAUGGACCAUAUUUGUAUGAUUAAAGUGAAUGGUGUGGGUGUAUUAUUCCAAUGUAAAUUAUGUAAUAGAAAUUUCUUAAAGAAGGAAGUUGUGCAAUCCCAUUCUUGUGCAAAGAAUGGUAUUCCUAAAGUAGACCUUACUAAAAACAUACCUCCACGGGAGCCUCCAAAAAUAGCUACUGUGAAAUACAUCAAUACAAAAGUUGAUGAAGCAAAGAAGGUUGCUAUUAAAGAGGAACCUGUAAAAACAGUAGAAGUAAAACCACCUGAAGUUAAGCCAAAACCAAGAAUAGGACCAGCAAGCAGGGUAAAACAUAACAAUAGUGAUACAGUUUUAAAAGACUUGAAUAACUCUUCACAAAUUACUCCUAUCCCUCAACAGACUCUCUCUACCAGACUGGAAAGUCCUCUUCAAGUUACUAAUACUUCAUCUGUAGUGCCUACUAUUAAUUUCCCUUCUAUGCCAGCUUUAAAUGGCCGUUUCAGGCUUGUUCCUGGACCUAACAAUACCUUUACCCUGCUUGAAGAUGCCUCUGCAAAUAAUUUGCCAGUAGGACCAGUAAAUUUUACAACAAACUAUGUCCCACCGCAAAUUAGUAAUAUUGUUCCAUCAAAUACGAAUAUCGUUCCUACAACAACAAAUAAUGUGGACACCAAAAUCUCAAGGAAAAGAAAAUCAAAUAACCCACCGGUAGAACAAAAUAGUCACUCCUUGUUGAAAGCUACAGAAAAAUCUAUUGAGAACAGAUCGAUUAUUAGCCUAGUUGAUAAUACAGGAGAGAGUUCUGAUAUCUCUGUGUUAUCAAGGAAUUCUGGGCCAAAGUCCGGUUUGCCUCACACAAGUUUACCACCACCAACUAACAAUACUGCCAACAACCAACCUUAUCCAGUUGGUCUCUUUCAAACUGUGUCACGAGCAUCAGAGCCACCUGCUUUCACCACCCCAGCGAUGAAAAAGCAGUCUUACACUGUUGUACAAACUGGUAAUCCUAGUAAGUUGUUGAUAUCUACAAAACCACAGGUGCCUGUCGACGAAGUUUCAAAGAAGCGUCAUAAAAAGUCGAAGCCAUUAAAAACGCCAGACGAAGUUGAGCAACCUUUCAAUGUGACAAUAGAAGAUGCAUCACAACCAAAAGAUCGGGGAUUCUUCACGUUUAUUAAUGUUGAUCCUCUGUUGCAACCGUCAUAUGUGUUGCCAACAGAUAAUAUUAUACAAGAGUCUCAAAUCUCAACUAGUACAACUUCAAACCAGUCAGCAGAUGUGGGCAGAGACAAGGAAAAGUAUUCGUGUAAUAUGUGUAAUGAAACAUUCUCGAGAGAAAAGAAAUUGUUGGCUCACAUUCAGUCGCAUUAUACAAAGAUGGAUGAAGAGGACCAGUUGAGAGCUGAAAAAAGUGUACUGAGAAAGCGUAGUAAGAAGUCAUAAGUACCCUUACCAUAUUUUUUGUGGUUAGAUUUUGAAGACUGUAGUAGUAGAAGUGUAAGAAAAAGUUUAAAAACAUUUUACUCCCACUCCCUACAUAGAAUUUCUUUGAAAUACUAUUUGACUCAAUGGGUAGUCACUAAGUUGUCAACAUUAUUUAACCGUUUGAGGUGGAACAUUUCUGGCUUCAGUUGCCUCAUUACUAAAUCUAGCAAGAUCCCACCAGACUUCUUCGUGUUUAAAUCACUUACUUAGUUAAAGAAUGACAAAUAAACCUAUUUUUUUUUAUAUUCGUACCCUGUACUGAUUGGUUUUCACUGAAAUAGUUAAAUAUGUAUCAAGCUGAAUCUGUAAUAUGUAUCAAAAAAUCUACCAAAGCUGAUGGUAACGAUAAAGGUAUAAAUGCAUUAUGUCCUUUUAAUUAACAGUAUGCAGAAAUAAUUGGUAUAUCUAUUAUUUAUUAACGGUAUUUCAUUAAGUUGAAGGCCUUUGUGGCGCAGCUGUAGUGCGCUUGUCUGUGACACCGGAGGUCCCGGGUUCGAAUUCCGGCCAGGGCAUGAUGAGAAACGAACUUACUCUGAUUGGGCUGAGUCUUGGAUAUUUAUCUAUAUAAGUAUUUAUUAUAAAAUAUAGUAUCGUUGAGUUAGUAUCUCGUAACACAAAUUUCGAACUUACUUCGAGGCUAACUCAAUCUGUAUAAUUUGUCCCCUAUAUAUUUAUAUUUAUUUAUUUAUUAACUGGUGGUAUUUAGCUAGAAUUAUGUCUGUAGAGUUUGAUUCCAAAAAAAAUUAAUGAAUGACGAUACCAAUUUAUUGACAAGAGCAUUUGAAUAUUAGUAAUACGUACAUCAUCCUGUUCCCGUAGCAUGGCAUGGCACGCGUGACGCCAUUUUUUAUCGCACAAAAGGCUAUCGCUGUUUCGCUUUUUAUUAUGACUAGAAAAAAUAACAUUUUCAUUUAUUUAACAGUUAUGUUUUUUUUUAUCUUAAUAUCAGCUUUAUCUGCUGGUUAAAAGUGUAAUUAAGUAUUAUGAAUAAAAUCAACAGUUUUUUGUUGAGCUGUUUAUUUUAUCAAUAGUCCUAUUUCUUUAGGAGCUAAAAUGAAAGUGAACAAUUUUGAAAUGUCUUAAAAUACUACAUAAAUAAAUUUAUUUAAAAGUAGCUUUUACCCGCAGUUUCGCCCGCAUUAAUUUAGCGCCAUCUACAAAAAGCGACGAAUUUAAAUUUAUUGUCAUCUAUCAUAAAAGCGACAAAAUUUGAACCACCCACAAAAAGCGCCAUAAAAGAAUACAUGUUUUUUUGCAAUUCCCACAGGAGCUAUAGAUUUUACAAGGAUAAAAGUUACCCUAUCCAGACUCUUAAUUAUAUAAACGUGAUAUUUCAGGAAGUAUUCAGUAACCCGUUAGUAGACCCGUGAAAAGGAAACAAAAAAAAAACAAACUCACUCGCAUUUUUAAUAUAAAUAGGCAUAUUUUUAAUAUAAUAUUAAAAAGAGACUUAUCAAGAUUUUUCACUUUUAUUUCAAAAAUGGACUAUGAUCGUCGGAAAAGUUUGUUGAAUUACUUUUAAAUGAUUUAUUGUAUAGUUUAAGUAUAACCAUGGUACAUAAUUAGAUUUGAUCUGAAUCAGUAAUGGUGUUAUGAUUGUGUUAUUAAAUCGAUAUAUGUGUAAGACCUCUAGUUACUGACAGACUGAUAAAAAAAAGGUACAGCCGAAUUUGGCAUGUAUGUUCAAGGGAGCAGAUUUUCUCAAAAUUACCAUGAGAACUUAACGCGAUGUUGUUUUAUUCUAUGUCAAUAUAAAACACUGCCAUGAACAUGUUCGUGACGAUUGAAAGCUUAAAAAUUCUCAUACGUUUUUGAAUUUUGUAAUUUUGUUGUACCUGUGUGAAUCUACUACUUUUGUUUUGGGACCUACAGCGUAUAUCUUGUUUGACUAAAUUCAGAAGUCCUAAAUAAUCCAGUGACUAACAUAGACAAGUAAUUUAGCAUGACGAUAGUCGCAUAAUGCUAUUACAUUUGUCUGAAUAUAUUAUACAUAAAUACAUAGAAUGUAUAUAGUAUAAAAACGUGCUUGACAUUGUUUUUUUUUUGUUUAUUUAUGUUGUUUGUUUCCUUUUUUUACAAUUUGUUUCAUAUACAGGGUGUCUGGUAAAUCGCUUUGAAUAUUGAAAGCGGGCACUCAGUAUCUGAUUCUUAUUCUAAAUAAUUAAAAAAUAAAGAAUAGGGGGUUUAAAAUGUUCCUUAAUUAUCCAACAAAACUAGAAGUCAGGAUAUCCAGGAUUAUAUUUAACCGGAAACCCUGUAUAGAAAAGGCUCAAAUAUUCCAUAACACAGAAGUUUGCUUUGGUGCUAACUCGAUAUGUGUGCUUUUAAGUUCUAAUUAAACACACAAAUCAUAAUUUAAUGUUAUAUUUAUCAACAAAAAAAAAAAAAAAACAUAAACAGCUGAUCUGUUAAGUUAUUUAAAAAUGGUCCCAUAAAAAAAAAAUCUGAAAAAUAUUAAAGCUAUGUAUUUGUAUUGACAAAAAAACAAUGCCGCAUGUAUUAUAUUUAACAUCUUUUUCUCGUGAUAUUGACCAUGCGUUCAGUGAUUCAGUUCAGUUCAUGGCAUUACUUUUGGUAUCUAUUACUAGUAGGAUCCGUAACAAGGGGGUUUGUAGCCUUUCAUUUUUUGUAAGGUUCUCUUCCUGCUGGUGCUGCCGGUUGAGUCCUCAUUUCUGAAGAGAAGUCUUGGGUCCGCCUAUGAAUAUACCCUGGAUUGGUGAGCGACUUCCGUCUAAUUCCGCAAGUUUGAAGGGAUAAUAAAAAUAAAUUGAUCAUAGUUUCAAAUCGAGUUGAAUGUGCAGGUUUUUUCACUAUGAUUUUCCCCAUCGCAAGAGCAUCGAUUAGAACCCUCCUAAUCAGAAAGUCUAAGUAGCAAAAUGUCAAUCAAAAUGAAAAGUUAAACUAUGUACAUCUACGAACAUAAUUAGUAAAAGUCUUAUGGAAAAAACAAUUUCUUUUUAUUUG